AUGGGUUUUGUAGUGGAAAAGAGCAUGUACAACAUGUGGCGUCAUGGUCAGCCUGCUGGCUCUAGGUACCGUAAGAGGAAAGUCCUUUUGGAAUUGGGUGCCACAUGUGCCUUUGCCUCAGUUGGAACAGUGUGUUGCCAUAUCUGCAAGCUCCCAGGAAGAGUGAUGGGAAUUCGCGUGCUUCGUCUCUCUUUGGUGGUCAUCCUUGUGUUAUUGCUGGUAGCUGGGGCUUUAACCACUUUACUCCCUAAUAUCAAAGAAGACAAGAUGCUCACUUUGCGUAGGGAAAUAAAAUCUCAGGGCAAGCCCACCCAGGAUUCCUUUACUCUGAUAAUGCAGACGUACAACAGAACAGAUCUCUUAUUGAGACUUUUAAAUCACUAUCAGGCAGUUCCAUAUCUGCAUAAAGUGAUUGUGGUAUGGAACAAUGUUGGGGAGAAAGGACCAGAGGAGUUAUGGAACUCCCUAGGGCCUCACCCUGUCCCCGUGAACUUCAAAGCACAGACCACAAACAGGAUGAGAAAUCGACUCCAGGUCUUUCCUGAAGUGGAAACCAAAGCGGUGUUAAUGGUAGAUGAUGACUUGCUAAUUAGCGCCCAGGACCUUGUUUUCGCUUUUUCUGUGUGGCAGCAAUUUCCUGAUCAAAUUGUAGGAUUUGUUCCCAGAAAGCAUGUGUCUACUUCCUCUGGUAUCUACAGCUAUGGAGGUUUUGAACUGCAGACAACAGUGUUUGGAAAUGGUGAUCAUUACUCCCUGAUCCUGAUUGGAGCCUCGUUCUUCCACAGCAAAUACCUGGAACUCUUUCAGAGGCAGCCUGCAGCUGUCCAUGCUUUGUUAGAUGAGACGCAGAACUGUGAUGACAUUGCCAUGAAUUUUAUCAUCGCCAAGCACACUGGGAAGACUUCAGGGGUAUUUGUGAAACCUGUAAACAUAGCCAAUUUAGAAAAAGAAACUACCGGUGGCUACUCUGGAAUGUGGCAUCGAGCUGAGCACUUUCUGCAGAGGUCUUAUUGUAUAAAUAAGCUUGUUAACAUCUAUGACAGCAUGCCCUUAAAAUACUCCAACAUUAUGAUUUCUCAGUUUGGUUUUCCAUAUGCCAAUCACAAAAGUAAAAUGUGA